AGUAUAAAAAAGAUGGCAUCCAUCUCAAAUCAAGACUUUCCUUGCCAAUUGGUAAAAGAAGAAGAACGAUCAUGGAUGAUAAAGUAGAUCUUAUUAAUCGGGACCCAAACAAUAUCAACCAACAUGUUCAGUCAAACUUCGAAGACGUUUUGGCAGAGCCGGACGGUACCCGAAGCGCUGACUGUGUGUGGAUCUAUAGCGCCAAGUGCUUCAAUGGCGGCAAAAGCUGUUGUUACAUCUUUCUGUCGGCGCUUUGUGGAAUUUUCCUCGGGCUAUUCUGGGGAUGUGGAUUCGCAAUGAUCAGUUUUGAGCAGAUUUGGUGCGCCACUCCCAUGUAUCGCUGCUUCAGUAUCUACGCAAUUUACGUCCAGAAAUGUGUGGGGACCUACCUCAGUUGUUACUUGGGUCCUUUGUGUGAAACAUGCGGACUCUGUCUCAGUAGAAUACGGGUCGACAAAUCCGGAUAAAGAAAUUUUAUCCGUCGGCGCAUUGAUCAAGAUCCCGGUGUGAUUGUUAUGCCCAGUGAAUCAAAAAUUAUAUACAUCGAGCUUCCAAAUGAGGUGUUGUACCCAGUU